UCAAGUCAGAGUGUCCCUGCUGUGACUGGAAUGAACUUGCCUGCAUCCUGAGAGCCGUGCGAGGCCAAGUGGCCUUAUUUAUGGGGAAGAACAAUAUGCAAGACUGUGCUGCAAGUGUCAACAAACUGAGAAUAAGUGGACAGAGAAUCCUGAACAUGCCAGAUGGCAUCAAGAGCAAGUUCAGCUUGCUCCAUCAACCUAGGACAAAAAUAAGUCAAGAAGGAAGUAGCAAUAACAACCUAGACCACCAACACAAGAUGGUCCCAGCACAUGCACCUGCUGAUAUCAGCAAGAGGCAGCUUCAAAAGAUUGCUCAGGACAUCCAGAAGAAUGAUGCUUGCUACCUGAAUAAAUUUAGAAGAUUGAAAAGCAAAGCGGUUCCAGAGGUACCUGUGAGAGACUACAGAGAUGAAAACAUAGUGGGUCCAGAAGACCUUUCUGGAUCAGAAUAUGAUAAUACCAUGUAUGACGAUCUACAAGAACCUGAUACCAACUAUGAGCCGCCUCCCAGCCAAAAAGUCUUUACCAGAACAUCUUCUUCAUCCUUCCUACAAGAGGACUAUCUUAACAGCUGCCAUAAUAGGCCAAAGUUGGAAGGCAAAAAGGCCUUCAAACAGGGCAAAGGAUCACAACAACCCAUGCAGAUGGACAAUAAUGAUGAAGACUACAUCAGUCCAGAUGGCAGUAACGAGGACGACAAUUAUGUGGAACCCGCAGACGACCCCGCUGCUGAUUUUUAUGAAGUUCCAGACCAAGAGGAUAAUAUGGUGGGCUAUGUUUCAGCAAACAGAGUCAAAAUGAGGAGAUUCCCUUGUGCUGCGCAGCAGGCCGAAGGUGACUCGUCAUAUGAAUUGUGGGAUCACGAAUACAGUGGGUAUCAAAGGAAAGAUAGGAAAGAGCCACCCAGAGCUUUCCCAAGAGGGUCACCAAAAUCUCCCUUAAGGCUGGCACAAGAUGGAAAGCAAAGAGACUUUGAGCAUCGAACACUACCGACGAGUCACCGUGGUCGUAAAGCACAGCUUCCAAAAUCCCUUACACUGGACACCAAACGACCCAAGACACCUCUCCCAAACAUGACUUUCCUCAAACCGACUGACAACGAUUCACUUGACCAAGACAAGGAUGCCGAGGUGAAGGAGAAGCCCUGGUUUGCUGGAGACUGUGACCGCAAGACGGCAGAAAAGCUGUUGUUUCGUGCAAAUAAAGACGGGGCCUUCAUGGUGAGGAAAAGCUCCAGACAGGACGCCAACCAGCCCUACACAUUGGUGGUGUAUUAUAAAGGCAGAGUGUACAACAUCCCCAUCCGCUUCACACACACAAGGCAGCAAUACGCCCUGGGGACGGAGAAGCAAGGAGAAGAGUAUUUCCGCAGCGUCUCUCACAUCAUCGAGAACCACCAGAAGAUCCCGCUGGUGUUGAUAGACAGCAAGAGCAACAGCAAGGAUACGGCCAAGCUGCGUUUCCCUGUGACAGCGGCAAGCGCAUGUGGCCAUCAGUGGCCUGCUUCAGACGCAUUCUCCCCUUGUCUGUAAUGCGCAUGAAAUGAAACGAGCAGACUCCGAGGACUUUCAACAUGUUUAUUGAGAUGCUUUGCAAUGCUCACGCAUUAUUCAAAUGAAGACAGUGUAGCUCUGGCAGAGGCAGGACUUUCUUUUUUUUUUAGACAGCAAUUUACAUGUGUUUUUCUUUAAAUAAAGCAAAAGCAAUACAUAA